GGCGGCCUGGCAGCACCGGAUUUUGGUGAACACCGUGGAGGUUUUAUAACGUGUAUUUGCUUUCAGUGAUAUUGAUAUACUGUAUAUUGGGUCCUGUGAGAACCAGAUACAAUAAAACAUGGCCGCUGAUGAAUUACUCCCUCUUCGUCUGAAUGUUGAGCUCGAUGACAGUGGUAUCGACAGCGAUGAGGACAGGGUGGCUCGAGCUAGGCUUGCAGAAUUACACCAGAAUGAAUCCAGCAGUAGCGAUGAGGAACCAAACGAAAACGAUGUCAAUGAUCCUCUUCUAGAAUCCAUUACGGAUGACUUUGAGAAAUUGAAAAUGAUGUCUCUACGUGCUGCCGAGCGCUACGCCGACUGUGAAAUAGACCGCUCUUCGCCUCAGUUGUUCGAAGUCGAGUUAACUGCUUCAGAGGAAGACGAGGAUAGCUCAGUAUUAGAGCUGGUGAUACCAUUGCAAUCGUCGCGGUAUAAGAGGGUACCAAAGAAGUCGCCCUGGUUUUGGCUCGAUGUUUUCCUGUGCUACUGCUGUCUUCGAUUGUCUUAAAUAAUAUGUUGUUCAAAUUGAUAAUUUUGGUCGGUGUCAAUUCUCCUAGUCAUUUAUUAUUUUGUGUCAAUGUUUC